AUGGUUCUCAACACGCUUUUGGCCCGCCAGUCGAGUGCAACUGCACCAUAUGACUGGAUUCUUGCCAUUACGUUCAUCGCCUACUUCUUCUCCGCCUUCGGCAAUGGGGCAAACGAUGUCGCAAACGCUUACGCUACCUCGGUCGCUGCUCGCACACUGAGUAUGCCUCAGGUCGGGUUCUUGUCGAUGCUCACAGAGUUCUUGGGGGCUGUCGUGCUUGGCGCCCGUGUCACGAGUACGAUCAAGAAUGGCAUUAUCGACAUUGAUCGUUUCGAGGGUAGACCAGGCGUGCUCAUGUUGGCUAUGGGUUGUGCCGAAGUAGGCAGCGCCGCAUGGUUGAUGUUCGCAACCGGCCAGGGCAUGCCAGUAUCGACAACGCAAACCAUUGUCGGCGCUCUUGUUGGAGUCGGAUUCGCUACUCAAGCCGCAGUCACGUGGGAAUGGACCGGAGGUAGCGUGUCACAAGUUGCGGCCUCUUGGGCGAUUGCACCCGCGAUUGCCGCCUGCUUUUCGGCGCUCUACUUCGGAGUAUUGAAGUACUCUGUACUUGAACGCAAGGACAGCUUCAAGUGGGGUAUGCGUCUCAUUCCAGUCUACUUUGGAUUCACUUCUGCUAUUCUGGCCUUGUUCAUCACCAUUGAGGCACCUGGAUCGGAUCUGGAUGCACUCGGGGCCGGCACGGCAGUUGGAAUCAUCCUCGGCGUCUUCGCUGGCAUGACUCUCAUCUGCUACAUCUUCUUCGUGCCCUUCUUCGAACGAAAGCUCAUCCGGAAAGAUACCCGUCUUCGCGUGUGGCACAUUCCUCUGGGCCCUCUGCUCCGCAAAGAAAACGUUCACCUCUACUUCCCGGGCAAGGGCACCGAGUACGUCACCAAUUAUUAUGCCGACAGCUAUGGCAGAGUUGCUGCCGGAGGCAAAGCUACUCACAACGCGACCGAGCUGGAGUACGAUCACGAACGUGCCACGGAUGAGCCCGCCGUCACAGGCAAGACUUUGGGCGAAACCGACAAAGAUGUUGGAGCGAUGUCGGACUCGCCAUCUCCCAGCACCAGCGGUGCAGGCACGCCGCUUGCAAACAAGACUGGCUAUGUCGCUCCUUACCAACGCUGGAUUGUCCCUGUCAAGGAGAUGUCGUGGUUCAACCCCAAGAAGCUGUGGAAUUGGACCAAGUUUCUUCUUCUACGUGGUGUUACUAUUGACGCUAUCAGCCACGACUCUGACCUUCUUCGCGCCAUCCACUCUCGAGCCAAUCGUUACGAUGUUCGUGUUGAGCAUCUCUGGACAUACUGUCAAGUUCUGUCCGCAAUGCUCAUGUCCAUUGCUCACGGCUCCAACGACAUUGCCAACGCGGUCGGACCUAUAGCGGCUGUCUACGCCACAUACAACUCUGGCGAGGUUAACACCCGAUCUCCGACUCCUGUCUGGCUUUUGGUGAUCGGAGGUUUCCUUCUCGGCCUUGGCUUCUGGUUCAUGGGAUACCAUAUCAUUCGCGCUCUGGGUAACAAGAUCACUCAAAUGAGCCUACUCGCGGCUUUGCUAUCGAGCUCGGUGCUGCUACCACCGUCUUGA